CGUGUGGAAGAAAGCAAGUCUCCCGGGUAUUUCAGCACUUCGGCAGAAACACUGGGGCAUUCUCAUUGCCAGCCUCGGGGGGGGGUGGCUGGCACAAAGAGCCCAAGAUUAAACGCGGCGCCUGGGCUGGCGAGGUCGGGGUCGUGCGGUAACUCUCAGGGUGCUCCUCGCUGGAUCCCGGGGUCCCAGCCCCGCCGCCGCGCCCCGCCCCGCCCAGCUCUGUCCCCGCAGCCUCGCGGGCUGCCGGGCUUUGUGGUUCGCCCGUGCCGCUGGGCCCCUGCUGGGGGUGUCGUUACGAGCAUGUGCAGACAGCAGCCCAAGGUAGAGCGAGCGUGCCGGGCGAGCCCGGAGACUUGUCUUGCAAUGCCAUGUUUGUGUAUGUGCUCUAACUCCCGGAGAGCAGUCAGGGAGACGGCUCCCCGGCCAGACUUGGCUGAUGUUUUCUUGUUUCUGUUUCAGCCUUCAGGAUAAUUCCUUCAGCAGCACCGCUGUAACAGAGUGUGACGAAGAUCCAGUCUCUCUACAUGAAGACCAGACUGAUUGCUCCAGUCUCAGAGAUGAAAACAAUAAAGAGAACUACCCCGACGCAGGGGCUCUGGUAGAGGAGCACGCGCCGCCCUCUUGGGAGCCGCAGCAGCAGAAUGUAGAGGCGACCGUGCUUGUGGACAGCGUAUUGCGACCCAGCAUGGGCAACUUCAAGUCCAGGAAGCCCAAGUCCAUCUUCAAAGCAGAGAGCGGGAGGAGCCACGGAGAAAGUCAGGAGACAGAGCAUGUGGUAUCCAGCCAGUCAGAGUGUCAGGUGAGAGCAGGAACACCAGCUCAUGAGAGUCCACAAAACAAUGCCUUCAAGUGCCAAGAAACAGUGCGACUUCAACCAAGAAUAGACCAGAGGACUGCCAUUUGGCCAAAGGAUGCUUUUGAAACUCGGCAGGACUUAAAUGAGGAAGAAGCUUCUCAGGUGCAUGGAGUCAAGGACCCAGCGCCAGCAUCGACCCAGAGUGUGCUUGCCGAUGAGACAGAUUCUGCAGACCACUCACCAGUCCACAAAGAUGGGCAGAAUGAGGCUGACAGUGCACCAGAAGACCUCCAGUCUGUGGGGACCAGCAGGCUGCUCUAUCACAUCACUGACGGUGACAACCCACUGCUGUCGCCACGAUGCUCCAUCUUCAGCCAAAGCCAGAGAUUCAACUUAGACCCCGAGUCAGCCCCAUCUCCACCCAGCACUCAGCAGUUUAUGAUGGCGCGGAGUUCUUCACGCUGCAGCUGUGGAGAUGGCAAGGAGCCACAGACCAUCACCCAGCUCACCAAGCACAUCCAGAGCCUCAAGCGGAAAAUUCGGAAAUUUGAAGAAAAAUUUGAACAAGAAAAGAAAUACCGGCCUUCACAUGGUGACAAGACUUCUAAUCCUGAAGUCCUGAAAUGGAUGAAUGAUUUGGCUAAAGGUCGUAAACAGCUCAAAGAACUAAAGCUAAAGCUAUCAGAAGAACAAGGGAGUGCUCCCAAAGGUCCACCUAGAAACCUGUCCUGUGAGCAACCCACAGUCCCCAGAGAAAAUGGAAAGCCGGAAGCUGCGGGCCCGGAGCCAAGCUCCUCUGGAGAAGAGACUCCAGAUGCUGCCUUGACAUGCCUGAAGGAGAGAAGAGAGCAACUUCCUCCCCAGGAGGAUUCUAAGGUAACUAAGCAAGACAAGAACCUCAUAAAGCCGCUUUAUGACCGAUACAGAAUUAUCAAGCAAAUCUUGUCAACACCUUCCCUUAUUCCAACAAUUCAGGAGGAAGAGGACUCUGAUGAAGACCGUCCACAGGGAAGCCAACAACCUUCUUUGCCAGAUCCAGCAUCUCACCUUCCUGUUGGUGACCACCUCACCUACUCUAAUGAGACUGAGCCUGUUAGGGCCCUUUUACCAGAUGAAAAGAAAGAAGUAAAACCACCAGCUCUCUCCAUGUCUAAUUUACAUGAGGCUACCAUGCCUGUACUUCUUGACCAUCUCCGAGAAACUAGGGCUGACAAGAAGAGACUGCGGAAAGCCUUAAGAGAAUUUGAAGAACAGUUUUUUAAACAAACAGGAAGAAGUCCACAAAAGGAAGAUAGGAUACCAAUGGCAGAUGAGUAUUAUGAAUAUAAGCACAUAAAAGCCAAACUGAGACUAUUAGAGGUCCUCAUCAGCAAGCAAGAUGUAGCCAAAACUAUUUGAGGUUCAGGAAAUGUUAUGAUCACUUUCACCCAUGAUAUAAAGUAAAGUUUAUUUUCUUCUGCCAUCCUUGCUAAGUACUUUUGACACAAUGAAAAUGGAAGCACUUUAGUGGUAGUAUUAGCUGUUUUUAAGAAGGAAUAGCACGUUUAAUUAUAUACAAGGAGAAGGGAUUUAAACACGGGGAAGAAUACAAGAGGUAGCCAUAUAAUUGGGAAAAAAUUCAGUGUCCUCCAUGCCAAGCAGAAAACUCAUAGUCAAUACAAGUAUUUUAAAAAAUGACUAAUAUUUUAUCAAAUCUAAAUAACAUAGCUAGGACACUUGUUAGGGCAAGUUUAUUUAGUAUCCAAAGACUGUUUAUGUUGCUGUAUGGAAAAGAGCAUGAUUUUAAAAAAUCAAUCAGAGGAGGAAAAGAAAUUCGCUUUUCAAGUAGGAAGGAAUACAGCUAGCAAGAGAGUAAUUUAUUUGAAACUUCUAAUAAUGGAUUUUUGAGUGAUGAUAAAACAUUUACUACCUUGUCCUUUAAGUCUGCUAGGCUCUCAGUACCCUAAAAUAAACUAGAUUGUGUUGCUAUUUUUAUUUCUCUAUAAAAAUAACACAUUAUUUUAUCUGUUAUUUGAAAUUUUACAUUUCUGGUUACCAAAGUUCAUUCUGAUAGCAUGUACUUUGUGAAUUAUUAUCUUUGUCUAUAACUGACAGAUGUUUAUAUUAAAAUAAAAUAUUGUAUUAAAAAUUUAAAAUAGGUAUUUUGGAUAGAUAUGUGUCUGCAGUAUAUAAUCUAAUGUGUCCAUAGUAUUAUUGCUAAUCUUUUGGUUUACUAUAAGAUGAUAUAACUAUUUUUUCAUUGGGAAUAUACAUUUUUCUUAAUGUUCCAACAUCUAUACUUUGUAAAGUGAAAACAUUUCCCAUGAGCUGUAGUUAUUCGUCCUUCUGUACAAAAUGAAACGUUCGGAAAUUGUUUGCCCUGAUACCUUGAAAGAGAAGCCAGAAUAUUUAUUUGGUUCAUCAACUUUAGUGGAUAUAAUUUUGUGUUAUUUUAUACUAAAACAUGUUUAUUAUUUUCAUUUUUGUAAAAGGAAGUAAAAGGUCAACAUUUUCUCUCAUGUACCAACCUUGUUUGUAUUUCUAUUUUCUGUAAUGUUUGUUUAAGUAUGAUGUUGAAGAAAUUCACAUUCUCUUAUAGUUUGGAUGGGAAGGCUAUUGACUAUUUCAGAAACAGACUUAUUUAUUUCAGAGGCUUAUUGUUUUCUCUGUAUUUACCUAAUAUUUUAUAACUAACUUAACUUUUAUGAAUCAGAAUAAUGUCCUUCAUAAAUUUGUUUAAUUGAAGUCAUCUACUUAUAACAGGACAGAUACACAACUAUUUGAGGUUUACAAAUUACAUCUUUGAUAAGGGAAAUGGUUUCGUGACAUGUACGCAAUCGCUAUUAAAAUGUAACUCUAUAUAUUCUAUAUGAUUGUAAAUAUUUUAUACAACAAUACAAAUAAAAUAUUUUUCUAUUAUAUUUA